UGUACAGGACUGCGUACUCUUCGACGAUAUCUAUGAAGAAGGAGAACGCGCGUCGUCGAAAGUUGCACGUCGCUAAACUAAUGCACGAAUCGAGAGAAGCCGAGCGAAACGAGAACUCACGCCAGGUCGCGCGAAGCGAAAGCCUAGUUGGCGGCUCUCUCGUUAGACUCGCGAGAGAUGUCGAUUUCGCGCAAUACGCGACGCCGGAAGAGAAUCAAGACGUUUACCAGCGAUUGUUAUUCGAUCAGGCGUCGAAAGCGCCCCGACCGGACAGACGAUUCGCUAGAGUUAGCUCGUUCAAGAGAAAGAAACAGAGCGAAAUCGCGCGCAAAAAGAUUCGUUCCGACAAUUCGUGGAUCGGGGAAACUCCUAAAAGGGAUGUUCUCCUGACGUUGAACCCGCGUCAAGACCUCGACGAGAACGUACUCUCCUCGAACGACUCGAUCCGGUAUUUGGUACCCGACGAAAAUCGCUGUCGGAACAUCGCGUCCUACAAAUCCGUCGUGGACGAACUGAAAAGACACGCGUCGAACAAUGCCGAGCGAACCUGGUCGAGCGACGGUCCGCGAGUUCCGCUCUCGCCGUCUCUCUACAAACAGAUAUUGAUAGGCGAAGCGCUGAAAUUGACCCCGGUUAAGCAGAGACGCGUUAUAGUAAGUAAGAAACGUAAACGGAACAGCAUCGUGCGCCGUGCCGUUAACGCGCGCAAACAAAGGCACUCGCGAUCGAAACGAGGCGGAAGCACGCGGAAAACGUUCGGAUAUUUGGGUAGUCCGCCUAGCACGACUGUAUCGUUGCUAGAACCGUCGCCCGAGCAUGACGUUUCUAUCUCGCGCGCGUCCGACACCGCGUUACGGAAAAUAUCCAAAUCCGUAGACGAUCUAGCGACCAAAAUCGGCAAAAGAAUCUCCUCGCCGUUCAAGCUAACACGAGCGAGAAUCCCCGACGAUAUAGUUCGUUGGAGGGACGAGAAUCAAAACGAUCUAUCAACGUCACGUCCGACCAGUAACUGUUCGAAACGUUUCUUUCGAAACGCUAAUGCCGCGGAUUCCAACAAGAAAUCGAACGAGCACUCUAACGUUUUCAAGCAACGCGAGUCUACGAUUAACGCUUUCGAAGAGUUUCGUGGAUCCUUUCUGAACGCUAGCGACACGACACCGACCACGCGUUCGUCCUCGAUACCGACGUCUCCGCCGACGACCAAACUGAAACGCGACAGUACUUCUGGAAGCAAUGGACAGACGGUUUUAAAGAAAAAACAUCGAAGAAAGAUUUGGAAAUUCUGCAGAGAGAAGAGCACAGCUCAAUAGAAGUCGAUCGCGUACGGGAUUAGUUGGAACUGGUUUACUGGGAAGAGAACUUUCGACGUAAGU